GCGGACAGUGCGGCGGCGCUCACCGGACCGGGAGAGAGAGAGGUCCAGCGGCACGGGAGGGACCUGCUCACCGGGAGAGACCUGCUCACCGGAACGUGAGAGAGGCUCACCAGCACGGGAGAGAGGUUCAUCGCCACGUGAGAGAACUGCUCACUGGGAGAGACCUGCUCACCGGGAGAGACCUGCUCACCGGAACGUGAGAGAGGCUCACCGACACGGGAUAUACCUGCUUGCUCACCGGGAGAGAUCUGCUCACCGGCUCGUCGACACUCCGGUGCUCCGAGUGAGGCAGCUGCUCAGUGCUCAGUGCUCAGUGCUCACAGUGCCGGCCGAGAAACGCCGCCGCGUCCAGAGCAGUCGUUCACUGCGUUUUGGGAGCUUCUCAGGGAGUCAAGAGACCACCGGACCCAGAGAAGCUGCUCAACGCGGGACGUCGAGGAGAAGCUCAUCGCACCUCUGAGAAGUAUUCCGGUCUGAGAGUGGGACAGAGUUUGUUAAACCUACCUACCGAUACCGAGUGCCAAAGCUGGCCAGUUUAUUUGUGUGCUGAGAAGUGACGUUUGAACGUUUCCCGCCGAAGUUCACGGGUGUGUUAUUCGACUGAGAUCUGAUAUUCGGUGGAGAAGAGUCGACUCAGGGUCGUAUCGGACACAAACCGGCUCCUCUGCCCGUGGCACGGCUACUGCAAAAACUAGCAGACGGCGCCACUCAACUGUGGAUAACGUGCCGUUCGCGGUUAGUGGAAGUGCUGUCAAACAGUCUACCGGCUGUAGAGACUUUUCACGUCACUGAGAUCGUCUUGUCCUAGCAUAAACGCCAUAUUAACGUUGAAAGCCGGUAUAUAUACGCGGUGUCAGCCUUGUAGGUCAAUUUGCCUGCACUUUUGGUGGAUCUCGACGUUUUAUCGGGAUUCAAGUAACGAAGGAAGGAAGGAAACCCAAGCGAGAGACGACAUAGCGACGAUAUGUUUUUCUUCAGCUUCCUGUUUUCAAGGAGCAGUCGCCGCGGCUCCCGGGGCGGCUCGGACAAGCCCGACUGGCCGUCCACCGGCUCCAGCUCCAGCAGUCGCAACAGCUCCGGCUCUACCGGCGACGAGCCGCAGGGCGAGCUGGUGCACCUGCGCGAGCUGCUGCAGGCGCGCGGCGUGCCGCAGCACCUGCUGGAACAGCUGGCGCCGCCCGCCAGUCCCAGCCGGCACCGCGGCCACACAGAAGGAGGCUGCAGGAUGUACCAGCUGCUGCAGAUGCUGCAGUGCUCGGAGGACGAGUCGCUGCAGCUGCAGGCGGUCGUCGAGCUCGGUCAGCUCCUGGUGAUGGCCUCCGAGGACACGCUGGGCGCCUUCCCGGCCGGCAAGUUCGUGCCGCCCAUCACCAGACUGAUACAGACAGACCGCGGCGACGACCUGGUCACACAGGCGUGUCGCACGCUGACCCACCUGCUGGAGCUGGUGCCGCACAGCUCAGCGGCCGCUGUGGCAGCUCUGCCGGCGCUGCUGCAGCAGCUCCGAGCCAUCUCCUCAAUGGAGGUGGCCGAACAGGCGCUGGCUGCACUGGAGCUGCUCACAAAGAGACACGGCAACGCUGUCCUGCAGGCGGGCGGUAUCACCUCCUGUCUGGCCUUCUUUGACUUCUUCUCUGCGGAGGCGCAGCGUGCGGCGCUGUCCGUGACGGCCGGCUGCUGCCUGUCCCUGACCAGCAGCGAGUUCCAUCUGAUCAGUCCGCACCUGUCGGCCAUCGCCAGCCGACUCUGUCACCAGGACCGCCGGGUGGCUGAGGCUGCCUGCCUUGUGCUCUGCCGGCUGUCUGAAACGUUCAAAGCCGACCGGAUCAGGGUGCAGACAAUCGCAGACAGCGGACUGGUGAAAAACGUCCCACAGCUGCUGGCCGGCAGUCCACCGGUGAUUGGCAGCUCGACCUUCUGCGAGGUCACACGCAUGCUCCGCCUCCUCUGCGCCCACUGUCCACCCAUCGCCGUGCAGCUCCUCACAGAGAACAUUGCCGGGACGCUGAAAAAGCUGCUAACAACAGACACUGGACAGCCGGUGUCCCCGGGCUCGUUCCGUAACUCGGAGGAGGUGUACUCGCUGGUCUGUCUGGUCUCCGAGCUGCUGCCGCCGCUGCCCAGCGCGGCCCUGUUCGACGUCGACCAGCUGCUCACCCGACGUGUCUCCGUUCGGCGCUCCGGUUCUUACGACAGGGAAGCCGUUCAGUGGAGAGAUAGUUCGGAUAUUUCGAGCACAAACGCAGUAGGAGAUGCUUCCAAUUCUCAGGCGGAGUCGGACCGGUCCGCGGCCCCGGGCGGGUCCAGGGGUGUGCGUCCCGCCGCCGACCCCCGCGCGGCGGUGCUCCGUCCGGCCGACUGGCUGCCGCUGCUGCUCGACGUUUACGGCGCGGCGCCAGGCACUGCGGUGCGCCAUGUCUGUCUCCGCGCCACCCUGCGCUGCGUUAGCGCCGCAGAGCCAGAGACACUGCAGGGCGUGCUGAACAUGCAGGAGUUGUCGGUGCAGCUGGCCAGCCUGCUGCCCUCGCCGGACGUGAAGCUGGCCGUGCCGGCGCUGCAGCUGGCAGAGACGCUGAUGCAGAAGCUGCCCGACCUCUGCACCAGCCACUUCAGACGCGAAGGCGUGCUUCACCACAUCAGUCGUCUGGCUGUGGACGGUGACCCUCUGGACGAGACAGACCCGAGGGGGAACGGCCAGACUGCUGACACCACUGCUGAUCUGAGUCUGAGAGACGCCUUGAAGAGGAGGAGGUCUUCCCGACGUGGAGCCCUCGGCUGUCAGAGACACAGCUUUGACCAGACGACCGCCGGCUCCGCGUCCGCAUCUCCGUCACAUACAGGGGGUGCGGCCCGCGCGCUGGCCGCCGGUGGCCGCAGUCGCUCGGUCGGCGGAGCCGAAGCACCCAGUCGUCUGCAGACCUCCCUCCUGGCCAGUCUGAGUCCGGCUCGGUGGGGCCGCGCCAGCUCCAGCUCACCGCACGGAUCUCACCGAAACUCACUCACCGAGGCCGGCGCGGCGCGGGAGGAGCGGGCGCGCAGCUGGCUGCGGCGGCAGGCGCGUCUGUUCCUGGAGCGGCACCUGGCCACGGCGGCCGGCGGCCACUGCGCCGCUCUGGCGCUGCUGGAGAGCGCGCUGCGGCAGCUGACGGCGGCGCCGGACCGCGGCCUGGCCGACCCGCUGCGGCAGCUGGCCGCCCUGCUACUGGCCGCCGACCUGUCGCCGUUCGAGCUGCUGCAGGCGGGCCUGGUGCCGCGGCUGACCGAGCUGCUGACCGCCGGGCCGGCCGGCGCGCGCCGACACCGUCUGCGCGCCUUCCUGCACGCGCUGGCCGGGGCGCCGGCGGCGGACCGGCCGCAGCAGGCGUGGGUGCCCUCGGCGGAGAAGGCCGCACCGCUGGCGGCGCUGGUGACCAAGCUGAACGCCUGCGUGGCCCAGCAGGAGCAGCUGCCGGUGAAGUCGUACGACGUCACUGACGGAGUGUCUGGCCACGGAGCGCUGCGCUACUUCACCGAGCAUCAGCUCAAGGUGGAGCUGCGCCGCGCGCCGGACGGCGGCGCUCUGCGCCAGUGGCGGCACGGGCCCGUUAAGGUGGACCCUCUGGCCCCGCUGCAAGCCAUCGAGCGUUACCUGGUGAUCCGCGGCUAUGGGCGCAGCUCGUCCCGCACCGGCCGCUGGUCGGACGAUAGUGGCUCGGACGAGGACGUCGAGGACGCUUUGGUGGCGGCCAGCCUCAGCCACAGCGGGACGCACCGUCUGCAGUUCCUGAUGGGCGGCCGACCGCUGCCCUAUGACAUCACCGUCUUCCAGGCGGUAGAGCAGUACGGACCGCGCUCACAGGAGGAAGACGGGGACGUGAGCGCCUCGCAGCUCUUCCAGAAGACGCACACUAUCUACUACAGACAGGCUCCGAUCUCCAGCAGUAACGGUGGAAACUCCAGCAGCAGUCGGCGCCAGGAGACCCGUCCGGCGUCCGGCGGCGAGUCGCUGUGGGCCACCGGCUCCACUCCCGUCCCCGACUGUCCUCUGGUGGCCGGUCUGAAACCACAGCUUCCCGAGUCGGUCACCGUGGCCGACCCCAGCCUGGCGACCGUCAACCUCCUCCGUCUGCUGCACUGCCUGAGUCGCCACUACGGCGGCCUCUACCAGCUGGUGGCCAGCCCGCCGCUGCUCGGCGAUCAGGUGUUUGUAAACGCUCAGCUGACUGCCAAGGCUGAGCGGCAGCUGUUUGACCCGCUGAUUCUGAUGGCGGGAAGCACACCACCCUGGAUUCUGCAACUGGGACUGACUUGCCCGUUCCUGCUCCCGUUCGCGGUGCGGCGCCAGCUGUCUUCUCGGCCACGUUCGAGCGGGACCGGGCUCUGAGCCGCCUCCUGGAGGUGGUGCCGUCUGCGGCCGGCUCCGGCUCCGAGCGGCGGCUG